AUGGUCAACGUCCAGAUUCUAUCUCGGCCUCUGGCCGCCGUUGUCAAUGUCUUGCUUCUGUUUCCCCUCGCCGAAGCCAUCCCGCUCUCCGACAACAUCGCUAGCGGCCCCAGAGCCCACUAUCCCACGCGCAGCAUCGCCGGGGUCUCCGUCGUGGACACGCCUAUCGUGCGCGCAGCCGAGGCAUACGCCAAAAAGUACAGCCAGGACUUCACCUACCAACAUGUCAUGCGGUCGUGGCUGCUCGGCGCGCUCGUCGUGAAGCACAAUGACACCUUACAGGCCACGGUUGAUAUGGAAGUACAUGCCGUCGCUUCACUAUUACACGAUCUCGGCUGGGACCAAGCGGAAAACUCGCCCAUGAUCAGCCCGGAUCGCCGGUUCGAAGUUGAUGGGGCGAUCGCCGCGCGGGAUUUCAUCCGCUCGCACCGGGAUGGCCGGACGUGGGAGGAACGCCGAGUGCAGUUGGUCUGGGACUCCAUCGCCCUGCACACGGAUGCGAGCAUUGCUGCAUACAAGGAGGUUGAGGUCCAGCUUGCGCAGAAGGCGAUCCAUAUGGACUUUGAGACCGCGGAGUACGGCGUGACGGAUGAGGAAUUCGCUGCCGUGACCAAGGCAUUCCCAAGAACGGAUUUUGUGAAUGGCGUCAACGAGACGUUUAUUUGGCUUUGCCAGACCAAGCCUGCGAGCACGUACGAUACUUUCAUGCAGCCGUGGGGAGACGCCUACGUUGCCAACUACACAGCCGUUGGGAGCCGGGUCUUUGACGUGAUAUUCCCGAAAAAGUAA